AUGAAUGGCGGGACCUUCACAGCCAAGCCGAAGCCUGGUGGCUCUUUGUUUGCCUCUCUGAGGCAGGGGGAAUUCUGGGCUUUGUGGGCACCACAAUUCGCCGUCUUCCUCUUCCUAUUGUUCUUCUACGCCUUUGGAUUCAUGAAACUGCCGAGCAUUUGCGUGAUCUUAUCCGGCAUCUUCUUCAUGAUCGCCGGUGUGCUCUUCGCUUUCAGGAAAGAAGGCCGCACUUUCCUGCCCACCUCCAUGCUUCUCCCGGUGGCCGUAGCGGCCGGUUCCGUGGGCGGCUUGUACGUCUAUGAUGUGUACGCCAUCUACCCGCAGUUCUACAGCAACGCAAGGGUCUACACGGACGUGCUCGCCUCGCAGUCGGCCGAAGCGGUCGCCGACGCGGGAAAGUUGAUUUUCACCGACGCGGCCUACGUAGAUCGACCUCACUCCGUCUCCUACAUCACGGAACGUGGUUCCGUGUUCUGUGUUGCUCCUGUGCGGGACAGCGGCAAUGCAGUCGAGAUCCAGUACUGGGCUGUGGGCACUGGGUGCUGUUCAGCAUCAGGCGACUUCUGGUGCGAUGACUCCAAAGACUCCAAGGCGAAAGGUGGUAUCGUGAUCUUCGACAACGAGGGCUUCUUCUCUGGUAGCAGCUAUGAUGAGUUUUCCAAGGCCAGCAGGAAAGCUGAAGCCACCUAUCAGCUCCUUUCAGUGCAUCAUCCUCGGUAUCUCCGAUGGGUCAACGAUGAUGAUCUGAACAGGGUGGCCAAUGAGUACAACUUGAAGGCGGGCCUCUCCUUGACCGCUUGCACCAUGGCCUACGCGGUCUUGUCCGGCGGGCCUUUGCGCUUCGACGGCCACGAUCUCCCUACGUCUCUGGCAGGAAAGAUGACCUCCUCGGCACCGGAGCAUGCUUCGUGGUUCGAGCUGCGCCGCGACGGUCGGAGCUUGAAGAGCUCAGACCUGGUGGAAGAGGCGGUCUAUCACUUCGAGUACCUGGGGCCUGAGGUAGCAGAGGCGCAAUCUCAGAUGACGAUGGCCGGUGCCGAGCCAGAGGACCCGGAGCCACUUCCAGCUGCGAGCACGGCUCCAGCUUCCGCGAGCACGGCACGCUGGAGGAUCACCGGAGGUGCCGACAAGGGCGGCAUCAUCGUCCGGCAAAGCGAGUCCUUGAAGUCGCCGGAGCUGGGCCGCGUCUCCACCGGUGCCAUCGUGGAAGAGGUGGCUCGUGUGGGCGAGCGACUCUGCUACAGGUUGGAGGAGGGAAGUGGCCCAGCGAAAGGAUGGGUCAGUAUCCGAGUCUCUGGAAAAGAGCUUGUCGAGAAGAUCGCAAGCUGA